AUGUCCCCAUAUAUACUAUUAUUAACCUGUACCAGUCUACUACUAGGAACUACACUCACACUAGCAAGCAAUCACUGACUUACAGCAUGAAUGGGACUAGAAAUUAAUACACUAGCAAUAAUUCCCCUAAUAACAUAUCCAAACCACUCACGAUCCACCGAAUCUGCCAUCAAAUACUUCCUAACACAAGCCACUGCAUCAAUAAUAAUAAUAUUUGCCAUCAUCCAAAAUGCCUGAGCAACAAACCAAUGAACCCUAACCCAAAUAUCCAACAAUACAGCCUCAAUCCUAAUAACACUAACCCUUGCUAUCAAACUAGGACUAGCACCCUUCCACUUCUGAGUACCCGAAGUAACACAAGGAAUUCCACUCUUAUCCGGCAUAAUCUUAUUAACCUGACAAAAAGUAGCCCCUGUAUCAAUCAUAUAUCAAAUCUCACCAUCACUAAACAUAAAAAUCUUAACUACCCUAGCCAUUCUAUCCACACUAACAGGAGGAUGAGGAGGACUAAACCAAACACACCUUCGAAAAAUCCUAGCAUACUCAUCCAUUUCUCAUAUAGGAUGAACAAUCAUCAUCAUACCCAUUAACCCAAACUUAGCCUUACUAAACCUAUUUAUCUACAUUAUCAUCACAACAACCAUCUUCUUAACCCUAAACUUAGCACAAGUAACUAAAAUCAAAUCACUAGCCAAUCUAUGAAACAAAUCCACCCCAAUAACCAUAAUUAUCAUAAUUACCCUAAUAUCACUAGGAAGCCUUCCACCACUAACAGGAUUUAUACCAAAAUGACUCAUCUUACAAGAACUUGUAAACAAUAAUAACAUCGCAACAGCUACACUAAUAGCAAUAUCAACAUUACUUAACCUAUUCUUCUAUAUACGAAUCAUUUAUACAUCCACCCUAACAAUAUUCCCAACAACCAACAACUCAAAAUUACAAUGAAUAUAUGCACAAACAAAAAAAACCACAAUAAUUCCACCACUCACAGUCAUCUCCUCCAUACUUCUACCCCUAACACCACUAUGCCUAACUCUAUUCCAAAUAAGA